GUGUGAGCUCCAGUCCGCAGACGUGCGCAACUUGUCGCGCUCUUAACUUGGUCUUCAGCUCGUCUUCCGUCUUCCGCGACUGUGUGUGUGCGAGUGUGUGUGCUCGGGGACUUAGCGAGUGUGCGUGUGUGUGUGCGAGUGUGAGUGAAAUAAUUGGCCUGACCCAAAGUCCCGAGGCAAGUUCAAGUGCAAGAAUACAAGCCAAGCCAAAGCAACGAAAUCCCAACCGGGAAAGGAAACGAAUCUCGGGAAACAGAUUUUCCCAGCCGGCUAACAGUGCUUUGUGUGAUCUUUUUUUGAAAGAAACGAAAGGCAGAACUGCGGAAAAAGGCCGAGAGCCAGUGUCAAAAGUGAAGAAACUCAUAAAACGAACGAGCCACAAACAUGGGUGCUCAACACACGGAUACAGACACCUACACGUACACAGCAGCCAGUAGGGCGGUAGAAGCCUCAGAUCUGACCCCCAAAAGAAUUGGAGCACCAGCGAUAGCCACGUCCAGAAUGCCACGCCCCAGCCUCGUCUUCAGCCUCCUCACACUGGGCAGCCUGAUGCUGCUGACGGCAGACGCCAGUCCCGUCUUCGUGGAUAAUCCCAGCUUAGCACAGUUCCAAUCUGGUCGUAAUAUCCGUCAUCUGCCCUGCAUCGUUCGCAAAUCGGGACGCUCUGGCGUCUGUAUGUUCGCCAUCGAUUGCAUCAAGCAGAAUGGAACCCACCUGGGCACCUGCAUCGAUCGUUUCUACUUUGGCUCGUGCUGCGCCAUGAAGGAGGAAGCCUCGCUCUUUGCGCCAGAGAUCAACGACAACAGCAUUGACCAGAACACCAUCUCCCACUUUUCCCACGAGUCCACCACGCUGCCCACCAGUGCCCUUUUCAAGCUAACCACAGAAAGCAGCUUGUCCAGUAGUAGCAGCAGCGGUAGCAGCACCGCCCAUCACCACACCACCAACGAGCUGCUCAAGAACGUCACCCAGUCCUAUCUGAGCACCGUGAAGCCGGCACCUGUUCGCACCACCAGCAACGGGACGCUCUCAACCACACGCCGCCCACCGCUGGCACACACCACCCACAAGAACUCGCACUACGUGGUGCGCACCACUAUGAAGCCCAGUGCCGCACCGACAACAACGUUUACGCCAACUGUUAAGCCACCGAGGAGGCGCACAACCACCGCCAAGCCAGUGCUAACCACUGCGCCGAUUGUGGAGCAGCGCAUCGAGACCACCUCGGUGCCCACCAAGUUUGUGACUUUCCAAAUUGUGGAGACGACGACGCCAGCGGUUACAGAACCCACUCGCCAGCAGGAGACAACAACCACUACGACCAGGCGACACACAAGGCCAACGGGAAGUAGCUCCGUAGCUAGUAGGACAACCAGCAAAACAACAACCACUAGCACCACCACAACAACAACCACAGCAGCUCCACCCACAACAACGAGCACGAAAGCGGCGGCAACCUCCCAACGUCCUACACCACCGCUGCGCACCACCACGAGCAAGCCGCACAAAACCCAUUCCAGCAGGAGGCCAGCACCAGCGAAAAAGCCAGUGAGUACGACAACAACCACCGCCAGUGGAACACAAUCCACACGGAAGCCGGCUGAUAGUCUGGCCAGCAGCAGCAGCACUGCAAAUGCCACCACAGCCACCACAUUGCCAGCUCGAAGGCCCGUGACUCAGACGAGCAGCAGCAGUACUACCACCACCAGCUCAACAUCAACAACAACAACCACCGUGUUUAAGGACGAACUGCCCAAAAACCGCACCACAACGAGGCUGCCAGAACGCACCACUCAAGCUCCGCGGCCCAAGCCGAAACCCACUGGGGAAAUCGUCAAGGUGCCCGCUCUGCUUGCUGAGCCAACAACAACCACCGCGACAAAGGGUUCAUCCAGCAGCAGCAGUAGUUCUCCAAAGCCACCAGCAAGUAGCACCACUCCUUUGGUAACCAAAAAGAAGCCAACCACCACCAACGCGCCAACUACCACAACCACUACUACUACAACAACAACAACCACAACGCCUAAACCCACUCGAAGAACAAAGCCUCCCACAACAACAACCAGUACUACCAAGGCGACAACAACCACCACGAAGGCAACAACAACAACAACCACAACAACAACUACUGCAAAACCACUGGUCACCAUCGAGCCACCCACAAGUGCACCCCUAACAACGACCACCAAAAAGACCGGCCUGAUCACUUGGACCGAUGUGAAGGCUGAGCCACCGACUAAUGCCAGUAUUUCGAACGAUUGGCAGCCUGCACCACCUUCUAAUUGGAUGCCACUGACCACCGAAUCAAGUGAAGCCGCUGACAAAACAUCAGCGUCCACAGCACCACCCAGCGCCACCGACAAAGUGGUCAUCUCGGUGGCCACCAGUGUCAGCGAAGUGGAGACCCACGGCCCGGGCAAGCCGCAGAAGACCACGAAGCCACCGAAACCCAGCAGCACAGCCAAGCCCACAACAACAACCACCGCAGCAGCGACAACCACAGUGAAAACCACAGAGGCACCAGCGAGCAGUAUAGAAUUAGCCUCAUCUACAUCAUCUUACACGGAUCUGGGCAGUGAUUUGGCAGCCAGCAGCAGCAGCAGCACCACAACCAGCAGUCCCACAACCGCAGCUGAAACCACCGAUUACAGCGGCGAAGAACCGAACACAACGACCGUCGAGGCUACAGGCAGCACCACCGUGGCACCCGCCAAUGCAUUGGAGGGCGUCGAUUACAAGGAAGUUUGCGGCCGUCGCAUGUUCCCCGAGCCCCGAAUUGUUGGUGGAGCUAAUGCGGCCUUUGGACGCUGGCCCUGGCAGAUCUCCCUGCGUCAGUGGCGCACCUCCACCUACCUGCACAAGUGCGGAGCUGCCCUGCUGAACGAGAACUGGGCGAUCACGGCGGCCCACUGUGUGGACAAUGUGCCACCCUCCGAUCUCCUGCUGCGCCUGGGAGAGUACGAUCUGGCGGAGGAGGAGGAGCCCUACGGCUACCAGGAGCGACGAGUGCAGAUCGUCGCCUCGCAUCCGCAGUUUGAUCCGCGCACCUUCGAGUACGAUCUGGCCCUGCUCAGGUUCUACGAGCCCGUCGUCUUCCAGCCGAACAUCAUUCCCGUUUGCGUUCCCGACAACGAUGAGAACUUCAUUGGCCAGACCGCCUUCGUCACCGGCUGGGGGCGGCUCUACGAGGAUGGACCCCUGCCCAGUGUGCUGCAGGAGGUUGCCGUGCCCGUGAUCAACAACACCAUAUGCGAGUCCAUGUACCGAUCCGCGGGCUACAUCGAGCACAUACCGCACAUAUUCAUCUGCGCCGGCUGGAAGAAGGGCGGCUACGACUCCUGCGAAGGCGAUUCCGGUGGCCCCAUGGUGCUGCAGCGUGAGUCCGACAAGCGUUUCCACCUCGGCGGUGUCAUAUCGUGGGGCAUUGGAUGUGCGGAGGCCAACCAGCCUGGCGUCUAUACCCGCAUCUCGGAGUUCCGGGACUGGAUCAACCAGAUCCUGCAGUUCUAGGUCCCGCCCUGGCCCGAUCCUUAGUGAAUGCCUAGCACGUCUUCCCCACACGGCAUCGGAAUCCAACUCAGACUCGGACUCGUGCUCCGGUUAUGGAGGGAUCCCAUGGAGCAUCAGAUCGGCCAUAACCCGAGCAACGAUUCCAGUUGCCACUAUUUACCUCCACCUGCCCGCACAGCAACCACUGACCAGACACUUCCAUUGUCGUAAUCGUAAUCUUACACUUAGCGUUGCCUAGCCUAGCCUAGCCUAAACUAGUUAGUGAAUGUGAUUAA